AUGAAGAUGUGUGAGAAGGAAGUGAAUAUUCGCCAGACAUUAUGCGAUCAAAUCGAUGGACCAUAUAAAGGACAACUGAGAGCAUAUUUUCCUAAACUCGGUGAGCCUACAUCAUGCAAUCUAAUCUGUCUGUACAAUUCACAUUCUGUUCCGCAUAGUUUUACUUUGCCCGACGGUACCCCAUGUUAUUCUCAAAGAGAUGAUAUUUGCAUUCAGGGGAAAUGUUGGGAAACAGGUUGUGAUGGUAUCCUUGGAUCUCGACUACGUUUUGAUCGUUGUCGAGUUUGUGGUGGUGAUAACAGUACCUGUGAAGAAGUUAAAGGUGUUUUCAAUGGGAAUGCAAUGACUUCACCUGGUGUUCAUCUACGUGGCUUAAUCACAGCUGUUCGUAUUCCUAGGGGAGUUACAAAUGCAUUCGUCCGAAAAGUUUCCGAUCGAAGUACUCCAUACUCUUCAGAUUCUUAUGAUGACUUCAUGUUGCUAAUAUUUGAAGAAUUGAAGACUCAAAUACGCAGAGGUGAAACACGAGAACCAUUUGCAGGCGCUGAACUCUACUAUAGUGGAAGUCGAAGCCGUGAAGAAAUUGUCUCUAUUACUGGAAGAUUGAAUAAAGAUGUCAAUAUCGUUAUUCGUGUGGAAAACACGCAUACAACACAAUCCUUCCCAACGGUGGAAUACAGCUAUUUUGUCGACAAAUCUCAACAAAAUAAUUCGCUGUACUUUGUUGCUGAAAAAGAAGCUCAGUUGGCUGCAGAAAGAGUAAAUCGUCGUACUGGAAGAUCUCAGAAUGCUUUCGCAUCAUUUGAAGAGUCUGAAAGAUUAACAUCUACCCAGAACACUGUUGCAAGUGAAGUAGAACGUCACCAAGCACAACAAGAGAAACCACAAAUAUACUUUGUCUGGAGGAUUAGUGAACUACCAGUUGGUUGUACCACUUGUGCAGGAAAUGUUACCACGCAUGCAGAAUGCUAUCCAUUGGUUCCUAAAGAGUCUGAUCAGAGUCAAUUCUCAGAGUUUGAUCUAUGCACACCAGUAGCUGAUUACUUGUGUUCAUCUGUACCAAGGCCUCCACCAGUUCUUAGACGAUGUUCCGACUAUUGUGGUGUCCGCUGGACAGCCAAACCAGCACCAAUAGCGAAAUCAUCAAAUGAUGCCUAUGAAAUGCAAACAAGUAGCUGUUCUGCACGAUGUGGUGAAGGUCACCAAGCUGUUAUCUAUGUCUGCGAAGAAUAUAUUGUACCUGCAGGACAAAAGGAUAAAUCAAAGGGAACUUGGCGAGUUGCUCAACUAGGAGAAUUUGUAUGCCAGAAAGCUGGUUUGGGAAGUGCUCCAUCGCAACCAGCGUAUAUUGCCUGUCAGGGUUCAUGUUAUCCGGUAUAUUGGAUACUGUCGAAUUGGACAAAAUGCACAAACUCUUGUGGUAGUGGAAAACGCAAACGAUCUCUUCACUGUCAAGAUCAAAUUGGACAAAAUUGGCCGCUUAGUGAAUGUUUAACGCAUAGUGAGUCUUCACUGAAUCAGUCAAACGCUCCACGACAGGCUAUCACUACACAGUCAGCAAUCAAGAUGAUUGAAGAGUAUCAAGAGAAAUCAGCUUCUGUUGAGUAUAAUUUAUAUAUUGAAGAAUCUAUCGACUGCUUCUCUUUGACGGACUGUCGAAAUGAUAUAGUCUGGUUUACAAGUGAAUGGUCAGAAUGUGAACCGUUAGAUGAGAAAAUGAAAUCUGCAUGUCGACUGAUUGACAAUGAUACUGAUCAACAGAGUUCAGGGAAUAAAAUAAUCGGUGUCCAUUAUCGUAAUGUCUCUUGUGUUAUUCUGGACAGUAAUGAGGAUUAUCAUCCAUCUCUUAAUGAGUAUAUAGAAUCUGAACAAUUGACAGCAGAAUAUGUGAUCCAGGGGAAGAAGUUAAAUAUGGAAUUUUGUCGUAAAGCAAGUAUACUUGGAGAGUUGAUCGAGGAGCCUAUUGACCGGGAAGCAUGUAGCCAGCCUACGUGUUAUAGAUGGGGACUUGGACAGAUGACUUCUUGCUCUGUCACCUGUGGAACAGGAAUUCAACAUAUCAAAAUACCAUGUGAACGUAUCCAGUUAAAAUAUGAAAGUGAUAAUCUCAUUGAUAAGCAGAUUGUACUUGACGGAAUCGAUACUGUGAGUAGCGAAAAAUGCUUACAAAGUCUUCAGUAUAUUCCACGAUUAUCAACUGACAAGAUGAAUAGUACUGUUUAUGUGGAAACUAUUGAAAGACAAAUACACGACAAAGAUGCUGUACCUUUGAAGAUAGAUGAUAUAAAUGAACCUAUUGUAUUACCGUGUGAAAAAGAUCCAUGCAAUUUACGAGUUCCAGCUUGGAGAACAACAUCAUGGAGUUCGUGUUCUACCUCAUGUGGACUAGGUGUUAAAGAAAGACAAGUGAUGUGUGUCAUGGAGACUGUAGAUAACAGACUAAACAGAGUUUUUUCUAAACAAAACUCACAACUCUACACCUCGAUAUUUAUAGCAAGGCGAUCAGAUGUGGAAAUAGUCGAUGCACAAAAAUGUCAUGCUGCAUUACUGCCUAAACCAAUAGAACAAGAAACAUGUCUCCAGGCUCCAUGCCCUAUAUGGAUUACAGGAGAUUGGCAAGAGUGUCAAGGAGUCUGUGAAUAUGGUAUACAACGUAGACAAGUUCGUUGUGUCAUAGAGCUGGGAUCAUCAAAAAAGUCAAGUAAUAAUAAUUCAUCCAAUGUGGAGACAGAUGAUGAUGCACUACGUCUGUUAUUAAGUAAUCCUGAUUCAACAGGACUUAUUAGACGUUCACGUUCAGCAAAAAUAAUGGAUGUUGAUCAGGAACGUUGUCGGAAUGCUGGUGUUAAGCCGAUUGCUGAACGGCCUUGUUUAAUCACUGGUAGAUGCCCUUAUUGGUAUAAAAGUGAAUGGUCAGAGUGUUCAGUUACAUGUGGAAUGGGUACAAGAACACGUCAGGUUGAUUGCCGUUUUCCAAAUGGAACACAAGUUGAUAUGGAACCUCUGACUGACAGUCAGAUAGAUUCAAAAGACAUGAACACAUUCUCUAAUGAUUCUUUUCUACAAACUAUGGAAACGAUAAGACAGAUAAAUACAGCAAGAUAUAAGUGUCAUGCACCACGUCCAAUUGAUAAUAUUGCUUGUAAAACACGUCCGUGUAAAAGACGUGAAGUCUUCUGGUGGUCUGUCACUUCAUCUGAGUGUCGUGUUAAUGGUUGUGAACUUGGUAAACGUGAACGCAUAAUCAAGUGUAUAAAUCCAAGACGUGGUCCAGUUCAUGAUUCAGUGUGUAAUCAUUUAAAUAAACCCUUAAAUUGGACUGUUUGUGAACUGUUCAAAUGCAAAACUUUUCAAUGGGUAACAGGACCUUGGAGUACAUGUCCAGAAACAUGCGCAUCACGAAUGAGAUAUCGUCAAGUGAAAUGUGUUGACGAUUUAGGCAACGAGUAUUCGGAAUCUUUGUGUCCACAAAAUCUACGUCCUAACAGUUGGAGUAUUUGUCCGAAUUUGUGCUCAGAUGUACCGAAAAGUUGUCGGGAGUUGAAACAUCGUUAUCCUUCAGCAGAUGAUGGUACAUAUCAUUUAUUAAUUGAACAUUCAUUAGUUUAUAUUUACUGUGCAGACAUGGAGACAACCAAUCCCUCAGAAUACAUCACUUUACGUCAGAUCAACUAUGCUGGAUCAUCAGAAUUUUUACAGCCCUAUCCUAAUACUAACUGGUGUCCUGCAUUCAAUGAAACAAUUUCAACAUUUAAUACCUCUGAAAAUAUUAAUCAAUUCCAAUCAAAUAUAGAUACAAUACAAGAAAUUCCUGAAAACUUAUUAACCAAUAUGCAAGUGAACGUGAUCAAUUGUCCAAAUUGUCCUUCUGUGCCAAAUUUAGCCUCUAAAACAUUUUAUCAUAAAAUACGAUUAGAUAUAUACAAUUUAGAAAUAAAAAUUGAUGAUACUCGAUUUUCACACACUGUUGGUUCAUCAAUAAUGCCAUAUGCAACUGCAAAGGAUUGUUUCUCGUCAACUGUCUGUCCUCAGGGACAAUUUCAAAUUGAUUUGAGAGGUACUGGUUUUCAUGUGAGCGUUAAAACACACUGGAGUGUGAGUAGCAAUACGGAUGGGAUAUCACACAUUUUCCGGUCACACAAUGGUCAGGUAAUACGUGGUCAUUGUGGUGGAAAGUGUACAGGAUGUUGGCCUCAACCAGGACUGUUUCUUGACCUGCUAACAGAUCAAAUGUCAAAUCAACCGGUCAAAUUAAUAAAAACACCUUGAAGCUUUGAAAAUGAAUAAUUAAGCUGUAAAAAAAAUAAGGAAAUAUUUUAUAUAUAAGAAAAUAAAAACAACAACAACUAUUACUACUGAAAAAUAGAUAUAUUCAGUAAUAUACACGGCAGCUGUGAAAUUUUUUUUCGAAAUCAGACCACAUAUAAAUUGCAAAUGAAACUUAAUUAAUAAAGUGGAAUAUUAAAUCCAUUUUGUGCGUGUGUAUAUAUACAACAUAAUGUAGAUGUGUGUGUAUGUAUGUGUGUACGUUCUAAUAACACACUAUUUAUCGAUCUAUCUGUCUAUACUUCUGUGUGUUUUAAUCUCUUCUCAUUAACUGCAUUUUAUUCAAGAAGCAACACACUUUACUUGAAUAAAAUAUGACGACGUAAAAUCAAUAGAAAAAGAAAGCAUAUAGGAUUCUUCUCAUACAAACAUUGUUCGGCUGGGAAUAGUUAUCUUCUCUAUUCUCAAAUUAUUAUUAUUAUAAUUCUUAUUAUUCUUAUGGAUUUUAAUCAAAUGCGAAUUUCUAUAACACUUUUACAAGAAACUAUCCAUGGGUGGGUCAGAUAGAAAAACAAAAACAACUUCAAAAUCCCCUCCCCACACUUAUUUAUUUUAACUACCUCUUUUUAAACAAUAUUGAAAUUUGAACAAAUUGUUAAAAUGUUCAAUGAAUUUUGUUUAAACAUGAAAUAAUACAGCCCUAACAUUGAUUGUAUUAACAGCAGAGAAAAUAUUCGUAUCAUACAAUCAAUGUAAAAACGUCUAUUUAAAAAAGCCGCCAAACGCAAUCACGUCUCCAUAGUGAAGAGUAAGUAAAUUUAAAGUUAAUGCAUUAAAACAAUGUCAGUACGCUAAAUAUCAACAUAAGUGUAAAUAUUACAUUCCAAACCAAUUCAUUGAUCCUGAAUACAUUUACCCAUACCCUUCAAUAUUUAAUAUUUUAAAAAAAGUGUUGAACACAGUCUCUUAUAUCAACAAUCAUCUGAAUACAGUGAGACAGUGUCAAAUUACUUUGGAAAUAAUGAAUACAAUGUAUCUCUAGGAGUAUUAUCAUAUGAACACAUUGAAAUAUUUACAUUGAACCUGUUCAAUGUUAGUUAUUUGGCCUCGAAAGUCUUGUUAUUUAUGACUGAAAAGUUAAAAAAAUAAUUCAACUACAUUACAAAAACUGCCCGCACAAACAAACACUCAAGUGUCAUCAGCCAUCACCGCCAUUAUUCCUAUUAAACAUUAUCUCCAUUCAUAUUGUCAUUAUAAUUACUCUUGGACAUGAAUAAGAAGGUAUGACAGCAAUAAAAAAACGCCAUUUCCAACUAGGAAUCUUUUGUUUUACUUAAGUU